AUGCUUCCCCAAAACAUCAUCGUCGGAAUAUUUGCCAUUCUAUUGGCUCAGGGAAAGAUUACCAGUGCCAUACCACUUGAACACUCCCAAACAAGGGAGGAGCGCGUUGACGGAGACACAGAACGCUCCAUACUCAGUGCUCAAGAGCACGCUACCGACUCAUUGAUUACUGUAGCAAACGACAAGACUUCAACCGGUAUCGCAACUAGCACAGAAAAAGGACUCAUCGCCAUCCGUGUCCCAGUACCAGAUGGGGUCAAUGCAAUUAUCGAAGGGCGUGCAUUCGUUAGCAGCGGUGAAUUUGGCGUGUGGAUUAAAGAUUGGGCCGAAACUAUAGGUGCUACCGGAUUUCUCUUCGUUGGCAUGCCAGCUGGUUUAGUAGGAGUGGUUUAUAGGAACAUACCCCAGGUAUAUUUAACAUGUCUUCUACAUGAUGUUACACACUAACUUGGCGUUCUUAGAACAGAAGAGAUGCAGCUUUGGCAUGGAUGAUCUGGAUGGCUAGAUGUGUCAGAGAUGGUGUUUGCCUACGAAAUGAAGCCGGUGAAAUUGAAGGUGGCCCAAGUCGCCAUGAUGUGGAACUUGGCCAUAUUGCAGAAAGGCGACUUCAUGAUUUUGCAGUUACGGCGACAGAUGCGGCUACAGAUGGUCUGGGUGUGCCUCCAAUUCCGGAAAAUGCUGUAGCACCCGAGCACUGAGAGGCUGAACCAUUGCGAACAAGGGAAUUUUCUACCACAAAGUCGCAAUUAUUCUAAACCAUUCGUAUAAUUGCUUUAGGGGGUGUUUGGCUACGCAAAUCUCUCCAUGAAAAACAGGUGCAAAAGUCGAAGAUUUGCACGGGCUGGAGGACCCCAAGGGCUUAUGCAAAAGUUUCCUGAUUUACAUACAAAUUAGACUAUUAUAACAAAACAAAUGCACCACUGUUUAGCUCCUACAAAAGUUUUUUCUGUGUCGUCGUAUAUUUGUCGAUUUUUGUAGGUUCUGUCUAUAUAACUAAUUUUUAGUACUAUACUACGAUUUAGUUAGUUCUAUCCAAAUAAGUACUUAACUGAGUAAUUGUACUCCUUCUAUCUUCUCUUUCUCCUUUAACUCUUUUAAUUCUUUGACUUUUAUAUAUAUAUAUAAUAUAGCGCGAAAAAAGAAGACCUAG